GGCUAUAUUAUCAUAACCUAUAUGGCAAUUAUCUAGGUAAAAUUUUCAACUUUUUGGAUAUAUGUUAUUUUAAUUCAGAAUAGGUUUUGAAUUAUCACUAACAUUACCAAAAUGAAGCUUUUAAUAAGAAAAAAUCUCUAUUCAAACAUAAGAAAGUUAUCUUCUAAAGCAUUCAUUAAAGAUGUGGAUGUUAGUAAUAUCAGAAAUAUAGGAAUAUUAGCUCAUAUCGAUGCUGGCAAGACAACAACGACUGAGAGAAUGCUCUUUUAUAGUGGAAUAAUUAAUCAAAUGGGAGAAGUACAUCAUGGAAAUACAGUAACAGAUUAUAUGGCUCAAGAAAGAGAAAGAGGAAUUACUAUUACCUCAGCAGCUGUAACAUUUUAUUGGCGAAAUCAUCAAUUUAAUCUAAUCGAUACACCAGGUCACAUUGAUUUCACUAUGGAAGUUGAACAGUCAUUGAAUGUAUUAGACGGAGCUAUAUGUGUUUUAGAUGCUUCAGCAGGAGUGGAAGCCCAAACGCUAACUGUUUGGAGACAAGCUGAUAGGUACAAUUUACCUAGAAUUAUAUUUCUGAAUAAGAUGGAUAGAGCAGAUGCAAAUGUUAAAUAUUGUUUUGAAUCAAUCAAGCAAAAGUUGUCUGUCACACCUUUAAGCCUACAAAUUCCCAUCAAAAAGAAUGGAAAACUAUCAGGAAUAAUUGAUAUUCUAACAAUGGAGAAAUUGUUAUUUCCCAAUUUGAAGUUAGUAAGGUCACCCCUUCUAGAAGCAGAUGAUCCAAAAUUAUGGAAUGAUGCAAUGUCAUGUAGAUCACAUAUUGUAGAUAAAUUAUCAGAAUAUAAUGAAAAAUUAGCUGAAAAAGUAAUAAUUGAAGAAACUAUAGAUAAUAUCAAAACAACAGAUAUUGUUAAAGCACUAGAAGAAGAAACUCUCAAUCAGAAUAUAGUUCCUGUAGUUAUGGGCAGUGCCUACAAAAACAUAGGAGUUCAAGCUCUUAUGGAUGCUAUUAUUCUAUAUUUACCAUCACCUAGAAAACGAAAUGAAUACCAUAAAUAUUUUGAAGACAAUUUAUGUGCCAAAGCUUUCAAAAUAUUACACAAUAAACAAAAAGGUACAUUGGUAUUUGUGAGAGUUUAUAAUGGAAAUAUAAAGAAAGGACAAAGAAUAAACAGUGUAACACAAAAUAAAAAUGAACAAGUAGUUCGUCUAUAUGCAGCUUUUGCUGAUGAUUUUCAUGAAGUUGAUAGUAUUGGCAAUGGAAAUAUUGGAGUUGUAACAGGUUUAAAGUAUACUAAAAUGGGAGACUUUCUGUCAAACUCAGCAUCAGCAGUACAAAGAGCAAAUGAAAAAUUUCUCAAAUCUAAAAAAUCAUCAUUAAACAAUUCAGUAGAAGAUUUAUUUGGAAUGAAGGUUAAUAUACCAGAACCAGUGUUUUUUUGUUCAAUAGAACCAGAAAGUGCUGCUUAUCAAUCGGCACUUGAUAAUGCACUAAUGGAAUUACAACGAGAGGAUCCAAGUCUUACAGUUACUCAAAAUCAUGAAACAGGACAAACUGUUUUAGGAGGUAUGGGGGAACUUCAUUUGGAUAUUAUUAAAGAUAGAAUUCUGAAAGAAUAUAAAGUGAAAGCAGAACUUGGUCAUCUUCAGAUAAACUACCAUGAAACGUUGUUGGAAAAAUCAACAGAUACCCUACAAUUCAACACAAGAAUUAGUGGAUCUGAGCAAAAGUUCACCAUCACACUAUCUCUUUUACCAACUGAUGAAGACAAAAAAGAAGUUUUGAUUUUUGAUAAAACCCAAGAAGCUGCUAAAAAUAUUGCUGCAAUUUAUCACAAACAUCUUUUGGCAAUCAAAAAUGGUGUUGAAGCUGCCUUAGCAAGUGGACCAAGAUUAAACUGUAAAGUAUCAAAGAUACAAGUAAUGCUUCAUUAUUUUGCUGUUGAAAAAGGUACGUCAGAAACUGUAAUUACUGCUGGCACUACUCAGUUGAUACAAAAGAUAUUACAAAAACAAGGUACACAUAUUCUUGAACCUGUAAUGAAUGUAGAAAUUGUAGUUCCAAGUGAUUAUUUAUCGGCAAUUUUAGCUGAUCUUUCACGAAGAAGAUCUGCUAUAGAGGAAAUAUCAGUGAGAGAAAAUUUCAAGGUUGUGAAAGCUCAAACUCCUUUAUCUGAACUCCUUGGUUAUGCAACAAUUAUUAGGACCCUUUCCUCAGGAGCAGCAACUUUCUCAAUGGAGUUUAAUGAAUACAAAAAAAUGCCACCAAUAGAAGAAGAAAAUGCUAUAAAGAGUGUCAGAGGAUUUUAAUAUUUUUGUAUAAAAAUAAACUAUAUUAUUUUCUUAGGAUUA